GACGGAAAUGACGUCGUGUUAGCUACUUUGUGUUGUUUUGCUUGACGACAGCCACCAUUUGCUGUAAGAUUGUGUCUGAUUUCCGCCAAUUUAUCUGUAAAUCUACAGCCAUACAAUGGCGACAGUGAUGCACGGUAGACGCAGGGGUCAAACGCGAGGGACCCCUGAGGUACCACCACAGAAUGCGGGGCCGCAAUAUCCUGACAGCAAUGAUCUGCGUGAAGUCACUAUCCUGUCCAAGACGGACUGGGAUCGUAUCCAGAGGCAGCUGCACAGGAAAGAAAUAGAGGAAGAGAGAUUAAGAAAAAUACGCGAAGAGAGAGAAGAACUAAAGCACAAGUCAAAAGAAUUAGUUAAACACUGGGGAAACACUAUAGCUGGUCAGCGCCAGCGUAAACUUGAAGCUAGAAAGAUACGAGAACAGAAAGAUGAAGCAGAGAGAGUACAGAUUGACUUGGAAGAGGCAAAAUUUCAGGCACAACAACGUAAAGAUGCUAUAGACAAGGCUAAAACACAACAAUACUACCAGACUGAUAGGGUGAAAGGAUUCCAUAGUGCUCUCAUGCUAACAGAGGUGCUGAAAGAGCGUGAAGCACAAUUAGAACUUAAACGCCUAAAGGAGCAGGCAAGCCACGGCAAGGACCGAGAGUGGUUAGAGGUAGCCCAGAAGGAACAUGAGGAAGCCAUCAGACUGGAUCAGACAAAGGCUGCAGAGAGAUUAGUAGCGGCUUCAGAAAACCAGAAAUUUCUUAAAGCACAGAUAAUGGAUCACCACCAGAACAAAGAGAAGGCAAGAAUGGAGGAUAACAUCGAGGGGGAGGAGCUUCAGAAGCUUGGCUUGCAGAACAAACUCGAGAAGGAACGUCUAGAGAUGAUCAGACGAGAUGAGAAACAGCAGCUGAUGGAUGAUAAUCGUAAACAGAUUGGAGAACGUGCAGCGCUGAAAAAACUACAGGAGAAUCAAGAAGAUGAGGAGGAUGAAGAAUGCCGAGUGUUUGCUGCAGCCAAGAGGAAGAUGAUGAAACUUAGAGCAGAAAAGGAAAAACAUCUUCAUGCAGAGAAGCAGCGUCAGUUGGAAGCUAUUCGUGAAAAACUUGGAGCACAACUCAAACAAAAGCUCGAUGAUGAAGAUGAGCGUAUACGCGAGGCAGUACAGGAAGCCGAGGAGAAACGGGCAAGGGAAGAGGCGGAGAAGGAAGCCAAAAUGAAAACAGUGAUACAGUCACAGGCGGAACAUAGACAUUUACAGGUAAAGUUAGACAGUCACAGAAUGUAACAUAGACAUUUGCAG